AUGAUGAAGUCUUUAUUUUUACAUAUAUUAUGUUUAAUAUGCUUUUUGAACUACAAUACAUUUAAUCGAAAUGAUUCCGUUGAAUAUCUCAGACUUUCUUUGCUUAAAGUAAGAAUAUCACCAGGUUUGCUUACCCAAGACUCACAACAAUUUGAUCCAGAUAAUGGGAAAGAAACAGAUGAUGGAACUGAUGGAACUGAUGGAACUAAUGGAACUGAUGAAACCGACUCUAGUAGUAGUUCUUCCAACCCCUCAUCACCAGGUAGAAACACAAAUCCCUUCCUUGAGAGAACGCCAAGACCACCCAGCCCUUAUAGAGGUAAAUCUAGACGUGAGAAAUUGAGAAAGAGAUUUGCUAAUUGA